AUGCAGUGUGCGGUUUUCUCCCUUGUCUUGGGCUCCGCUGUCUUCUUUGUCCCUUUUCCUCGGAACCAAGGUUGCCGUGUCGCCUCCAUCAGACAGCUGUCCACCGGGAUGCUCUCCGCCUCGGGAGAAGACGGGACAGGUUCCGGAACCUCGAGUGGAACUGAGGAGGACAGGGGAUGUCCGCACAUUUCUUUUCUGGAUCUAGGCGAUGCGAGCCAAACGGACACCUCGGGCCCGGAGCCUGGUCUCGCGGGAGGUGCGCCGCUUCGCAUGCCUGUCCGUGUCCGACUCGAGCACUCAGAAAGGACCAGAAAUCCUUCCUUGGAUUCUACGCAGUCGCGUUCAAGCGGGACGACCUCCACCGCCGGAGGUGCGUUGGGAAACCCGGUGAGGGAGGAGGUCAGGAGGCAACGGGCGGCUCUGCAGAGCUUCCGGAAACGCGUCCAGUCCGUCGUCGAGUCCAUGGAAGAAGUUCAAAUCAAGGCAGAUAAAGAGGCGCGCCGUCAGAUGGACGGGGACAUCGAGCGCUCCCUACGCGAUCCGCUGCGUGCCUUGUCCCGUCGCUGGCAUCGGCGAGUGCUCCAAGCCUGCGAAGAUCUGGUCCCGGCUAACUGGGCAAUCGAGGACAAAGAUACCCUGGUUAAACGUAUGCGGCUCACGAAGCCUGCGACUGUCGACCGGGAGGGGGACGAGGAAAGCUUCGACGAGGCAGACUACUGGCAGGGGCCUUCGCCGGAAGACGUGUUCGGCGCGGACCGGAUUAUCGCGACAAAGACGCUGUACGAGCUCUUGGCUGUCUAUACACGGCGCACGUGGUCCGCGUCCGUCCCGACCGCUUUUGUCCGCCGGCAAGUCGACGAGAAAAGCCGUUGGGGCCAGGGCGCGGGCGACGAAUCCCCGCUCGGCGCUACCUUGGUUAGGAAGACCUUGCCUGUGCAGGCCGUGGGCGGUCCGCCGAAGAAAGACGUGGCGCCUGACGACAGUGAGGGUGGUGAAGCGUCUGCUCGGCCCCCGCCGCGAAUGCAUGUGCGCUAUGAAGGGUCGAGGAACUUUUACGAUCCCGCAUUCCUGGACGGCACGGAUAUCGAGCGCCACAUCGGGGUCUUGGGUCAGUGCGUCCAGUCCUGUUCUGGAUGUCGACCCAGACCGUCUCCCUUUCCGCUCUCGGCUCUCAAUGCCGAGCCUCCCUCAGGUUACAGUCGGGCCCCAGUCGAGGACGAGAACGUCCGCAUUCCUUCCAGGCUUGAGGACUUUUUGAUCACGGCGCACGUCCCGAUCAAGCGGCCUUCCUGGGAUCGGAGGAAGACGCCGCUUCUUUCAACUCUGGAAGUGAAGAAACCCGACAAGAAGAAAAGCGAAGAACUUGAGAGCGAAGACCUAUGUGGUCGAGACCGCGAAAGGGGUGGGACACUCUUUUGCCCGUCUGAAGAGGAUUGGGAUAUCCUCGGCAAUAGGGGAGUAUUUUCACGCUUUGCGGGAUCGCUCGAUUCCUGGUCGAUUCACCAAGGGAAGGGUACCGAGAAUUUAAAACGUCGGGCCAGAGAGUCGAACGAGCUGGGCUCGUCACAGGACGCGCCGACACAGAACGCCGUGCCUUUCUCGCCCGUUGCAGCCGGUCGAAGAUAUAGCCGUGGGAGUAUUGAGUCCUUCGACGAAGAAAGGUGGGGCGGCGCGUCUCUCGAGGAUGCACGGCACAGCGACGCGUUUGAAGGCGGGCUGUGGUUCGAUCCCGACGCUUACAGAGAGUACUACGCUGGAUGGGACGGAGAUGACUACCUGACCGGCGGGCCCUGUGGCGAGGGCCCCGAAGGCGGAGCGCUCAGACACCAGGAAGGAAAGGGUGACUCGUGGAUGACCAGAAAAUUCAGGGAAGUGUGCGGUCGUCUUGUCCCAGACGUCAACGACAUCUGCAAGAUCCCUCAGAAACUGAGAGACAGCGUUGCUGCUGUCAAGCGCGAAACAGAAAACUGCAUCUUUGAUCAAACGGACAUCCAAGUUCUCGAGUACUGGCACCUACAACGGGAGGCUGGAAAACCCGUGUGGGUCUACGAGGGACUACAGUGGGAUGUCCCCUCGAAUUUCAGAAACCAAGUCCCCAUGGAAGGACGACCGGCGACAGUGAAGAUAGAAGUGCCGCCGGAACCAGAAAAGACCGGGCCGAAGAAGCCCUUUGAGAAAAGUAUCCUGUACCAGUCCCAAGACAAAUCUCGAGAUAUCUCAAAGUCGCUGUCAAGUUGCACGAUGGGCGACAGAUUCUUUUCUUUCGGAGUCCGAGGCGUCGGCGAGGGGUCUGAUGUGAAAGGACUCGUCCUGUGA